CGAGAAUUUACUGUAAAAUGCUACCUAUCGGUGACCACGGUGAUUAACAUUCGAAUUAAUUUGAAUUCGAGAAAACUUUUGAAUAUAUCGAAGAGUAAAGAACACAAUACGCAGGUAAAUUUUGAAGGCCAAGAUGCCACGAAGAAACGAAUACUCUUUGGCAAACGAGAUAAAUCAUCGAGAAUCUCGCUAUCGUGGUAAUAGCGAGAUUAAUAAUCGAUACAACGGUUCUUCCCGUGAUCCUUUCUAUUCUUUCUUAAGAACCGUGUCCCUUUGUUCUUCUCGGCUCGACUGUACCAAUCGAAUCGAUGCCAAUCGCUCGAUGGAACCUCAAAUUGUAUCGCCAUUGACGUCCUUUCGAUCGAACGGCAAUCCGACGUCUCGCGCGCACUCUUACGAUGGAUCGUAUCUGCGUGCCUAUACUCAGUAUUGCAGUCCCGUAAUUACCUCCUACGGUACUAUUAGUAUUCGACUCCAACGAAACAUUCGAGUGGAUAUCACCGUUGACAAAGCGGUUCGCGUGGUAAAUCUUCCGGGCAGAUGCGUGGCUGCCAUCAAUUGCCUCGGCGACAGAAGUUGCAUCGUUCAUCCAUCUUGUAAAAUCUUACAAGAAGGCGUAACCGUCAAUAUGGAAAUUGGGAAUCGUUUAGUGAAGUUUUCGAAGCGUGGAAUUACUUUUACUUCUCUCGGACACAGUCUCGUGUAUUUAGUAGAUGCUUCUGGAACAAAAUCCACGGUAGAAUACUUUCGGAGUUUUAAUUACGAUGUCUCUUCCGAUGUGUUUUUCACGAAAUCCACGUGUGGUAAGAAAGCGUUGAAUAAUUGCUUCUUGAAAAUCGAAAAUUUCGUUCAUCGAUAUAAGAAUAAUGGAAAUAAGAUAUGGAUCAUUGCCGACGUUUGUAUACAACAGAAUUUACUGGGAGACGUUUGCGUAACACGUGAUUUUAGUAGAAGAGUCAUACACACGUCACCUACACUGGGUACCAUGUCGGUGUCAACGCCUUGCGUUUACAUGGCUGCCGGAUGCGAUCCCGAGCGAUACGUCUUCGUGCAGAGGGGUAAGAAGAAAUUGAAUUCUCACGUAAGAUCUUUUAAAGUGAAAAAUGGAACACAGGUAGCCGGAUACGAUUGCAAAGGAAAAUUGAUUCUCCAUUGAUUCCCGUUGAUAUCUAUAUAGACUUUAAACUGACCUCAGUAUAUUGUUAUUUAUAAAUAGAUAAGUGACUUGGUUCUAUUUCUGUUCUGAUAUAUUUUAAAAUAAAAAGUGUUAAUAUCUACUGAUAAUAAUUUGAUUUUUGAUA